CUGCUCCAUGACAUGACCAUGGCCGGGCUGCAGGAGCUGCGAUUCCCUGAGGAGAAGCCCCUCCUCCGGGGCCAGGAUGUGACCGAGCUGGAUAACCCUGACACCUUCCUCUCAGUUGUGGACACAGACUGGAAGGCCUCCCAGCAGAGGGCUCUACCACCUCAUUCCCCAAGAACCAGAGUUUCCAAUGCCGCCUGCUCCCCCCACCAGGAACAUGACAUCGAGACGCCUUAUGGUCUUCUGCAUGUGGUGAUCCGGGGCUCUCCUAAAGGGAACCGCCCAGCCAUCCUCACCUACCAUGAUGUGGGCCUCAAUCACAAGCUUUGCUUCAACACCUUCUUCAACUUUGAGGACAUGCAGGAGAUCACCAAACACUUUGUGGUGUGCCAUGUGGAUGCCCCUGGACAGCAGGUGGGGGCGUCACAGUUCCCUCAGGGGUACCAGUUCCCUUCCAUGGAGCAGCUGGCUGCCAUGCUCCCGAGUGUGGUACAGCACUUUGGGUUCAAAUACGUGAUUGGCAUUGGCGUGGGAGCUGGAGCCUAUGUGCUGGCCAAGUUUGCACUCAUUUUCCCUGACCUGGUGGAGGGGCUGGUGUUGAUGAACAUUGACCCCAACGGCAAAGGCUGGAUUGACUGGGCCGCCACCAAGCUCUCUGGCUUGACCAGCACUUUACCAGAUACAGUACUCUCCCAUCUCUUCAGCCAGGAGGAGCUGGUGAACAACACAGAGCUGGUGCAGAGCUACCGGCAGCAGAUCUCAAACGUGGUGAACCAGGCCAACCUGCAGCUCUUCUGGAACAUGUACAACAGCCGCAGAGAUCUUGACAUUAACCGGCCUGGGACUGUGCCCAAUGCCAAGACACUCCGUUGCCCUGUGAUGCUGGUAGUCGGAGAUAAUGCACCUGCUGAGGACGGGGUGGUUGAGUGUAACUCCAAACUGGACCCAACCACCACAACCUUCCUGAAGAUGGCAGAUUCUGGUGGCCUUCCUCAGGUGACACAGCCAGGAAAACUGACUGAGGCCUUCAAAUACUUCCUGCAAGGCAUGGGCUACAUGCCCUCAGCCAGCAUGACCCGCCUUGCGCGCUCACGCACAGCAUCCCUUACCAGCGCCAGUUCUGUGGAUGGCAGCCGCCCACAGCCCUGCACCCACUCAGAGAGCAGUGAGGGCAUGGGUCAGGUCAACCACACCAUGGAGGUAUCCUGCUGAAGCCCUUGUCCCGCCCAAGACGCCUGCUUACCUGCCCCCAGGUCCCACUGCCAUCUCUGCACCGGCUCGUCUUCCAUUUAGUUUAUUUUUGUGAGAUCGAAGGGGAGAAAAUGGGGUUACUUCUCUUUUAUUUAAAAAAUAAGGGGAUCCACCUUAGACAGAACAGCAGAACAGUCUUAGAUGGUGUGAGGGGCUCGCCUUAUCUACUCCCAUUUCACUCACAUGGUCACUGGUUGAUGUGGUUACUCUCAUCAUGGCCUUGGGGUGGGGCCAGAAUAUAGGAUACAGUAUUGAAGAAAGAAUAUGGCCCACAGCAUGGGGUUUGAAGAUGGGGGGGGUACUGAGCUUAGGCUCUGAUGUGAGUGGGAGUCAGACCAAUGGGGAGCCCUGAACCUCAGAGAGUCCCUUUCCUAUAACCCUUGCACCAAGCACACCUAUUCUGAUAGUACAGGUGACAGUCGUGAGGAUGGAAGUCACAAGAGGGCGCUCUAAGCAGACGGACACUUUUCCUGGUGCUCUCUGGGCAGGACAGGUGCUGUAAGGCUAGCCAGGCAGAGCUAUGGAUAUAGAAUAUGGAGACCCCUGAGGGCAAGAACCCCCAUUCUCUGCCACCCCAGGGCCAGGUCCCACCCUGAGGCAAAGGUCACCUUGUCUCCUGCCCCCGGUGGCAGAGGGAAAAGGUCAAGAUCGCACUGUGUACUGUGUAACCCUACAAACUUCAUGAUGAUCCCUUUGGGAGUCGGAAGGUACUUGAGUCCCUCUUGUUCCAGAUUCCACCAAGGGUGUUUGUGGCAGUGCCCUGGUCAACUUGGGCCAUUGUGUCACAGAUAUCACUGGAGAAGUGAGCUCGUUAGAGAGAGAUGGUCCAAGAGAGAAUACCACAACCUCUGCCUGCUGGAGGGGCUAGAUCUCGAUUGGUCCUCAGGUGGGAGAAGGGUGGGUCCUUGGAUGCACCCUAGCUUCCCAGAGCCCACAACUAUGCAGUCUUCCUGUCCACCACCUUACCAGGUAGACUGGCAGCCCAGAAACCAGAGCUCUUGUUUCAGCCUGGUCACUGGUUUCACCUACUGUCACCCCAAAUGGGAGAGAAAGCACCAAAACAAAAGAAAAAAAAAAAGAGCUGUGUGUAUAGGGGGAGGUGUUGUGUGGGUGUUCUGAACUAAGGACACCUACAUCCAUGUAUCUGUGGCACAUGCCACCCUCUUCUGUAACUGUAAGCCAUUUCUAGACUGCUCUCAAGUCCAGUGGAGUGUAUUCUAUCCCCAGUUCUGUUCACUCACGUGCUUCCGUGAAUACUGAAUGUGACUGUUUAAAGCUGAUAGAAUUAAUCCCUUACUGUAGAUAGCACUUCCAGUAUUGGACAUCUUUUUGCUGUGUUAAGAUAUCUAUAAAUACCUAUACAUUAUAUAAUAUAUAUAUGUAUAUCAGGUCUUCCUGUGUGUGUUUUCCCAAUUGGUGGUUGUCUCCUCUUUGGUCAAGGUGAACUUUUAAUGGAGUUCAUUACUUUCCUCUCUGUACAAAGUUAAGAGCCUAGUUUUGUGUGUUCUGGUGGCUGAUAAGAGAUUUUGAGAUGACAAAAUGCAAAACAAAAACCCUUAUUAAUAUAGAAAGUUAACUGUGCAGAAAAACUAAUAAAGAAAUGAAGUGUA